GUAACGCAAGGGAUGCGCCGACAUGGCCGAAGACCUCGAACCCUCCUCGUCAGAAAACGUGACGAUAGUGGCUGGGGAGUUUGCGAACGCGGCGACCGUCUCCAGCCUCAAGUCUGAGGACUCCACGGAGCAGCUCAUCUGCAAGACGCCGCAGAAGAACACGAAAGUGCCGAAGAAAAAAGAAUGUAGUGUGAGUUCGAAGAGUGUAGAAGCGGGGAGUGAGGAGGGUGCGGGUGGAAAGAGGCUGGUAGUGGUACUGGGGCUGGCGCAGGUUGUGCUGGGCGCGCUGCUAGGCGGCGUUGGCGCGCUAGCUCUGGUGCAGGGCGCCGCACUGGCGCGCGUGGGUGCUGGUCUGUGGGCCGGCUCCCUUUCCGUCGUGGCUGGCGUUGUGGGCGUGCUCGCAGGCAUCAACGACUGCUAUGGACUGAACGGAGCGGCCGAGGGGGGUGGUCCACUGGUGACGGCGUUCCUGGCGCUAUCGCUGUUGUGCCUGGCCAGCGGCAACAGCGCCGCCGUGCUGGCCGCCACCGGCCUGCAGCGUGAUGCCGCGCGCCCUCCGCCCCAGCACACCACCUUCCAGGAUGAAAUGCAAGCGUGGACUCCGGUGCUGGCGAACAUCGCAGUGCUGAUCGUAGCCGUGGUACACUGCCUGGUGUGCGUGGUGAGCAUUUGCCAAGUGUCGCGGCGCGUGUGCCCCUGCCUGCGCCCCCGGCGGCCCUACGACCACAACCAGUUCGAUCCCGCCUUCAAAGUGCAGCAGUGCGUGCUGCACGUUGACGAGCUCAAGAAGGCCCACGACGCCGAGAGGACGAGGAACCAUGAGCUCUGCAAGGAGCUCGAGAUGAAGCUGCAGGGGGAGACGUUGAAGAAAAAGAAGGAAGCGGAGGCAGGGUUUGACAGCGCCAACAGCAAGGAGAAGCUGGUGAGCCGAUGGCUGGGACGGCACCAGAGCACGCUGGGAACUGCGCGGCGCCGCCCCGCAGCCGGCGUGCGUAAGCCACGCCGCCCGCCGCAUCACGCGCCGCUUGUACUGCUGCCCGCGCAUCCUCAACACCCGCCUCAUGUGUCGCACCCGCCGCACCCCGCCAGCACGCUGGGCCGCGUGCCGGUGGGCGUGAUGCUGCCCCCGCGCUACGCCACGCUGCCGCUGCCGGCGCCCUACGCCGCGCCUCCUGCGCACCCCGCGCACCGCCCCCCACCAAAUACACUCUAUUACCCCAUGCACGAAGCUGUACGUAUAACAGAAUUAUAUAUUUACAAUCAAAAAUCCAAGAUUUACUAGAAUUCCUAAGAGUGA